CUUUUUUUAUCGAUUCUGGAAUCGACGGCGGUUACGUCUUGCGUCAUCCCCGGUCGUUUAAAAUGUUAGCGUAAUGAUGUGACGCAAAUAAGCCCCAAAAAUAUAUAUUCAGGAUUUGUAUUGUUGAGGUUCAUGUGUCGUGUUAUUACUGUAACAAAAACAAUAAACUUGUUUUUUGAGAUAAUGCGUCUGCGAAUCCACUGCAGCUGUAAAGCUUACUCCGUGGGAGCAAGAGACCGUUGCCUGGAUUUCCCGCCGGGAGCCUAGGGUAGGCCUCUGGCGGGCGAACUCGGCAGGGAGCCUCAGAAUCUGCGGGCGUUUCAGUGAAUUAAAGUUUCACUCCUACUGCGUGGUGUUUGUCAAAGUACAAGGGCGUACGUCUCACUUUUACCUCGUCCAUUAAGUUUCCACGUGGAUCCCAAGAUAAUUUCCUAAUACACGAUUUUAUGGCGGUGAUUCACGGCCACGGUUUACGAGCUCGUCGAAAUUCCAUUGGCAUUGCUGCUCAUGAUGGCAUGUUUCUGAGAUUAACUAAACUCAACUAUAUUUUAUUUCUUUUAUCAAGUAAAGCCCACUAAGCUAUAUGCAUAUAGCUUUUUUUUCAGAAGCGACCCGGUUAUCACAUACAUCACGGCGAACGCGGUGCUGGGUCAAAGGCUUCGUGGGCGAUGGACGAAGCGGGUCGAGCCAAGGGCCGCGUGCCAGCGUCGGGGCCCAAUGCCCUCUUCGUGAGGUGGCUCACCGAACUGCGCGACGAGGCGGCCUCCAAGGGCAAGAAGUCUCACUUCGUCUACCAGAAGGCACUGAGCUCUUUGAAGAAAUACCCACUACCCCUGCAGAAUGGCAAGGAGGCAAAAAUUCUACAGAACUUUGGAGAUGGAAUCUGCAAGAUGCUGGAUCAGAAGUUGGCCGAAUACAACGCUGAGCAUGGAUCUGAUGCUUCAAUACACAACCUGAAGCCUAUGGCAGAUGUAGCAGGCCCUACAAAAGCCAAGUCACAAAAAUCUGGAUCGAAUAGAGAUCCCAAGAACGUAAUACUGCCAAGUUCUCGCAGCACGAGCAGCAGCGAUGAUGCACCUUCCACCAGGGACGCACCCCCACUGAAGCGGACCCGGGUGGAGGGGACAAAUGAAAAAGGUUACACCCCUAAGAAGUCAUCAUGUGGAUAUGCGCUGAUCAUGGCUCUUUACUGGGAGAAGCAGAAACCGGAUGGAAAAUACUUCAUGACCAAACCUGAGCUUCAGCAGGAAGCCCAACCUCACUGUGAAAAAUCCUUCUUUGCUCCCGACGCAGAAAUGCGUCACUCUGCGUGGUCGUCCAUGAAAACCCUCAUCAGCAAAGGCCUUGUGGAGAAGUGUAGCAAUCCCGCCAAGUAUUUUAUCACAGAUAAGGGCAUUGAGCUGGCACGGAGGUUAGACUGUGCGGAGGUUCUGCAAGGUAAGCAGACAAGAAUGGGAAGUGAUAACGUGACAACCGCUUUGGAAACCGUGGGACUGUACCCGGCCGCGGAUGGCGCCAUUGACCUCACAGAAUCGGACGAGGAUUUGGGAGCAGAAGGGGGUGCCACUGGUACAAAGGAAACGUGGACAACAGCGGUCGCGACGAAGGCACCACUUUCCGUACCGGCCAGGUGCGUUGCUGCGCAGGAGGAGACGGUGGCUGCAUACCGUGACUACCUUCCCUGGGAACCAUUGCCCAGUUCUCGGGCAACGGAAGACUCUCGUGAUAUGGAACCCCGAGAAGGUUUUCCACCAUCCCAGCCUAAGACUGCCGUGCCUGACAUCACUCUACGUCCGGGAGAGUUCGACAUUAUUCUUUGCGUUGAUGUCAUCGAAACCACUGGGCCUGGAUCAAGGAAGCAGGAUCUGGUGAACGAGCUAAAAAAGAACGGAGUUCAGUUCGAUGUGCGGAAGUUGAACGUGGGUGACUUCGUGUGGGCCGCUCAGGAGCGUGUGCACCCUCUCCCUGGCCAGUUGAAGGUGCCGGCGGCAAGGGAGCUGGUGCUUGACUACAUCGUGGAGCGGAAGCGGAUGGAUGACCUCUGUGGCAGCAUCAUCGAUGGGCGCUUUAAGGAGCAAAAGUUCCGUCUGAAGAAGUGCGGGCUGAGGAACUGGAUUUAUUUGGUGGAGGAUUUCAAGAAGGCUCAACACAUGAGCCUCCCAGAGUCUACUCUUCAGCAAGCCGUGGUCAACACACAGGUGGUGGAUAACUUCUUCAUUAAACGCACCCGGGACAUACGGGAGUCAGCAGCUUACCUCACCAUCAUGACGCGCUAUCUGCACAACGCGUAUGCGAGCAAGACGCUGAUGAGCUGUACAAAGGAGGAGAGGAGAGCUCUGCUACCAGCUGACUGCACUUGUUCUGUGGACGAUUCACUCCCACUCAUCACCUUUUCCGAGUUCAACCAGGGAGCCGCCAAAAACAAAGCUCAAACCGUUCAGGAGGUGUUCGCACGGCAGUUGCUGCAGUUCAGUGGCGUAAGCGGAGACAAAGCCAUUGCUAUCAUGGAUAAAUACCCCACCCCACAAAGCCUGAUGACGGCCUACUCAAAGUGCUCCACAGACACCGAAAGGGAGAAGCUUCUGGCCAGCUUCAAGUGCGGGAAGCUGCAACGGAACCUGGGACCAGCCCUAAGCAAACUCAUUGCUGGAUUCUACUGCACAGCUGGGCCUUUGAGCUGACGGCAAUAUAAUCACAACACUGUUCCUUGUUUACGUGAAGAAAACAAACCUCUUCAAACUUAUAUAUUUUUUCCACAAAACUGUUGCUUAUUCGUGGCAGUUCUAGAUGGCUGUCUAUAACAUGCAGCUGUUUGUUUGCGUCUCAUGUGAUGAAAUACUUGUGACUGAUGGAACGCGUGCAUUGCUUUAUUGCGGGAGGUGCAGGUCUCUUGUGGAUCCGCAGUCAAAUUUUGUGCAUUCAAAAACCUAUCUCCAUUUGUGAGCGAGUGUUCAAUGUGAGUGUAACUACAACGGUUCUGGAGUGAGUGGUCGAGCCUUUUAUUUGUGAACGCCGCUCUCAAGGUUGUGCUGCGCUGUGCAUUGCACUGCUGCAACGGCUGCAUGACACUCCAUGCUUGCGAUGCUACUUCCUGUGUUCGCAGGGAGGAAUGAUUUGCCACUUGUGAUGCAAAUGAAUUGUUGCCAUUUGACUGUAGGAAUUUGAUUAAGUUUGCCCCGAAAAAUUGCUGCAAUUUGAUACGGGAAUCCAUGGGUUUUCUUUACAUUGCGGUGGAUAGUGUAGUGCCUCCAAUUAACUUAUACCUGGAGACUACUUAAAACACGUGAUACAUUGCAUUAUUGUGUGCUUGAGGAUACUGAUGGAAUAUAUGCAUCGCAUCAUUCUAACCCGAGUGUGCAUGGUGAUGCGUGUUUAUAGAGGCCAGGGAGAUGAUUGGAUGAUGCUGUGUGCAUUGUGUCACAUGCUGCAUGCAGCUAUGUGAAACCGAAAGCACCAUUGUGUUGCCUUUCAUUGCUGCCAUAAUGUUGCAUAGUAUAACAAAUAUAAACUAUAUUCAUGAGAACUACCUUUGACACUUAUGCCUCUGGCUGUUUGUAGCCCAUGGAAUCGGUUUAAUAGUGUGUUUAUAAUAAACUAGGGCCAUACUGCACGUUGAAAUAAUGAACCUUAAUGAAUCUUCAAGGUAAGAACUAAAGUUAAGAACUAAGUAAGUACAAUUGCUUAGUUGUGCUAGGGACAAGAUAUUUCAGUAAUGAAUGUAAAUGACUUUGUGUAUGUUGCCUCUACGAGUUAUUCAGUCUUUAAAGAGUUUUCCCACUCCAUCAGAUUAAUAUCUUAUCACCUGCUGCUGCUGUACAUUGUGAGCUAAAUGUUGCCACAUGAACAUGUAUUAUGUACUUUGCCAUGUUAAGUAUUCUGUAUGCACAAUGGAACCGUACCAAUAAAUUUGAAAUGUAUUAAUUGGA